CUUUCUUCAUCGACGCAGCAGCGACGGAACAGUAUCUUCUGCUGUUCGUCACAGCGAGCAGUGGUGGAUAACGUGCGAACGUGAGACGUAUUGGAGAGUUCGGCAUCACCAAGAUUCCAAAAACAUGUAUUCCAAAACCAUGAGCAAUCACCAGGCGAGUCAGGAGCACGUGCUUGCCGUGUCUCGGGACUUCAUCGCACAACCUCGUCUCACUUAUAAGACAGUUUCUGGAGUGAAUGGCCCACUAGUGAUAUUAGAUGAAGUAAAAUUUCCAAAAUUUGCCGAGAUCGUACAAUUGAAGCUCGCCGAUGGCUCCUUACGUUCUGGUCAAGUUUUGGAAGUCUCCGGCUCCAAGGCGGUGGUUCAAGUUUUCGAGGGCACAUCUGGCAUUGAUGCAAAAAAUACUCAUUGCGAAUUCACUGGUGAUAUCCUGCGGACUCCGGUAUCCGAGGACAUGUUGGGCCGUGUAUUUAAUGGCUCGGGAAAACCAAUUGACAAGGGACCACCAAUUCUUGCAGAGGAUUACUUGGACAUACAAGGACAGCCUAUCAAUCCAUGGUCUCGUAUCUAUCCAGAGGAAAUGAUUCAAACCGGAAUAUCAGCUAUUGAUGUUAUGAAUUCCAUCGCCCGUGGUCAGAAGAUUCCCAUCUUCUCUGCUGCUGGUCUGCCGCAUAAUGAGAUUGCCGCGCAAAUUUGUCGUCAAGCAGGUCUUGUAAAGGUGCCCGGCAAAUCGGUUCUUGAUUCGCACGAGGAUAACUUCGCUAUCGUGUUCGCAGCCAUGGGUGUCAACAUGGAAACGGCGCGUUUCUUCAAGCAAGACUUCGAGGAGAACGGCUCUAUGGAGAACGUGUGCUUGUUUCUGAAUCUGGCCAAUGAUCCGACGAUCGAGAGAAUCAUCACACCUCGUCUCGCUUUGACAGCGGCCGAGUACCUAGCGUAUCAGUGUGAGAAACACGUACUGGUUAUUCUCACGGACAUGUCUUCGUACGCUGAGGCGUUGCGUGAGGUAUCAGCCGCUCGUGAAGAAGUACCGGGUAGACGUGGUUUCCCCGGUUAUAUGUACACCGAUCUCGCCACGAUCUACGAGCGUGCUGGACGUGUAGAAGGUCGCAACGGUUCCAUCACACAAAUCCCCAUUCUUACUAUGCCAAACGACGAUAUUACUCAUCCGAUUCCCGAUCUUACUGGAUAUAUUACUGAGGGUCAAAUUUAUGUUGACCGUCAAUUGCACAACAGGCAGAUUUAUCCGCCCGUAAAUGUGCUGCCGUCUCUGUCGCGUCUCAUGAAGUCUGCCAUUGGCGAGGGUAUGACGCGAAAAGAUCAUUCCGAUGUGUCCAAUCAAUUGUAUGCGUGUUAUGCCAUCGGCAAAGAUGUUCAAGCGAUGAAAGCUGUCGUGGGAGAGGAAGCUUUAACACCGGAUGAUCUGUUAUACUUGGAAUUCUUGUCGAAGUUCGAGAAGAAUUUUAUCUCGCAGGGCAGUUACGAAAACCGCACGGUCUUCGAAUCGCUGGAUAUCGGCUGGCAGCUUCUGCGAAUCUUUCCGAAGGAGAUGCUUAAGAGAAUCCCAGCUAGCACCCUCGCGGAAUUCUAUCCGAGAGAUUCUCGUCAUUAAUCAUCGUUUUAUUCACGUAUCUCGCCUUAUGCGUAAGCUUACUGCAAUAAAAUUACGCGUACAAGUCCGAUCUACCUUCUCAACAACAUUAAUUAAAAUGACAUAAUGACAACACGCUUGUUAUUUCCAUGUACUCAUAAGAAAGAAUCAGAAAGACCAAUGAUUAAAGAGAAGAGAGUAUGAAUGGCGUGAUAAGAAAAAAGGGGAUGGAAAAGUAAUGCGCCUUUGUUGCAGGCUUUUACAAAAAGAUAUUAAUGUUACAGGCUUACAGGAUCAUAUAUCAUUUUUUUGAUGUUGUGCAAUGAGAGUGUAAAAUGAAUAGUAAUGAUAUUGAUAUAUGUAAAUUGAUAAUUUACGAAAGAUUUAUCCCAAGUGUACUUGCAUAUGGUAAUGCAAGUUGUAGAUUCGAGACUAUAUGUUAUCAUGGAAAAAAUAAACAUUGUGGAUAUAUAUUGUUUCAAUAUUUGACACAUAUGUCUCUCGUGCUUUAGAGUGGCGAUGCACAACUUAUACCAAGCGAUAAUUGUAAAGUGUAAUAUAUUAUUCAGUAUUAAUGUAGAUGAAAAUCAUAGAAAAGGAUAAUCCACAUCAUGUAUUUGGGCGGUUCUCUACAUUCCACUCGCGAAAUUCACAUAUAAGAUUUUCUGUGCGUUUGAGCCAAUCCGAAGGAGAGAUAUUCGACACGAUAUGUACAGUUACCUCUAGAGAAUAUUCCGAAUGAAAUAUCAUCGUGUAUUGUCUUACGAAAGACAAACUGUAUAUGUUAGAAAUAGAGAAUUAAAGAAUUGUUGUCUUUAAA